AUGGAAGGCAUCACCAGCUUCUCCCAAAGACGUCCAGCCGCUGGCUCCCUUCCAGCAUUCUCCCUCCCUCCUCCCAACGCCGAGAUUCCAAGAACCACCGACGGCCUCAGCCCUAGCCUUUCUUCUGUCCACACUGGCGGAUCACAAACCUCGCAGCACCACCAAGGCAUGCACAGUUACACUUUUGGCGGCUCCAUGCACAACAACAGCAACAACGCCCCCAUGCAGGGCGGCGCCAGCGGCGCCGCCUCAUGGAGCGGCUCCUGGAGCAACCACAGCAACUACCCCCCAGGCCAACAACCGCUGCCCAGCUCGCCAUAUGCCCGCCAGAGCAUCAGCUCCAGCGCCAAUGGCGCCAACACGGAUAGCGCCAGCACCAACAGCAUGGCCUUUAGCAACCCGCGAACUACCCAGUCGCCUGCUGGUCCCGACGGCCUCGCACCUCCUCCCUUUGACCAGAGCCAACAGCAGCACUACGUCACGCACAAUCAUCACAGCAUGGCUACGGGCGCUUCUCACCACCAGGGCCUCAUGGCCACGGCCUCGCAGCCUCCUUCCCAGUCGCCUCUGACGGCUCACUCGGACGGCUUCGCCCACGCCUACGCUCACCCUCAUACGCGUCCUGGCAGCAACCCUAGCUACUAUGCCACGUCCGGGCCUUCGCAGUUCUCGUCGUAUCCGCCGGCUCAGCACUCGCCAACCCAUUCCUCGCCCACGACGGGUAGCCCCGGCGCACGCGGCAUCAGCUCGCUCCCCAACAACCUCAACUACCGCUAUGGCGCCUACAGCCAAUCCCUACCCGGCACCGUCAUGUCCAACAUGCACCACCCCGGUGGCCAGAUGUCCAUGAUUCCUGGCAUGAGCCACCACGGCUACGGUAGUCAAAUGGUCUACCCUAACCAUGCGGGUCCCCAACAAUCACAUACUGAGCGACCGUUCAAGUGCGACCAGUGUGUCCAGUCGUUUAGCCGCAAUCACGACCUGAAGCGUCACAAGCGGAUCCAUCUCGACGUCAAGCCCUUUCCCUGCAACUACUGCAGCAAGAGCUUUUCUCGCAAGGAUGCUCUCAAGCGACAUCGCCUUGUCAAGGGCUGCGAGAACCGAACAGGGGACCAGAACGCGGAAACUACUCGCCGGCAAGGGGAACGCGAGCGUGACUAG